CAUACAGGAGAGAGGUAAAAAAUAAGUCGCACUCGGAGGAGACGCCCACCACGCCAACCACGACUCCCGUCGUCCUCUUCUUGGUUUCCGGUUUGGGGAUUCCUCGCUACAAUCCCUCGAUCCAGCACACGCCCAUCUGUUGUUCCUCCUCCUCCUCCUCCUCUCCGCUGCCGCCGAAGACUUCUCUCGAGCCAGCUCCGCUGCGAGGGGACGGAUGGAACGUGUGUUAUAAAAGGUCCCAAGGAAUCUCAUUAUACCAAUUUUGCUUGCUUGGUGCACUGGAGAUCUUUGGUUGCGGCCGUUCUCUUUCUUUCCCAAAAUUUUCCAGAAUCUGGUUAUGGCACUAAAGUUCUACAGGUAUCAGGCAGAGCUACUAGUCAAGAAUUACUUGCUGGCAGAUCCAUACAUUUCAUAUACUUCGGUGCUAGGUGGCAUUUUUCUCUGCAAGAUGGCAUAUGAUUUUACCCAGUUCAUCAGUUCUUUUUACUUCAAGGGUUACAGUUCCCUAACAAAGAUCCAACGGAUUGAUUGGAAUAAUCGGGGUAUGUCUAGCAUCCAUGCUAUCUUUGUAACAAUAAUGUCAAUUUACUUGGUGUUCUGCUCCGAUCUUUUCUCUGAUAAUACAAUCAACCUACCCAUUACAUUCCGAAGUUCAUCUCUCUCUACAUUUGGGUUGGGGGUCUCUGUUGGGUAUUUUCUUGCAGACCUUGCUAUGAUAGCUUGGUCAUACCCUUCACUCGGUGGAAUGGAGUAUGUUCUCCACCAUACACUUUCAGUGAUUGCUGUUGCUUACACCAUGCUGUCUGGGGAAGGUCAGUUUUACACAUAUUUGGUCCUUAUCUCUGAGAUAACCACCCCGGGAAUUAAUUUGCGAUGGUUUCUUGACACUGCAGGAAUGAAGAGGUCUCAAGCCUAUCUUGUGAAUGGCGCCAUGGUGUUCUUGGCAUGGCUGGUUGCAAGGAUUUUAUUGUUCAUCUACUUGUUUUACCACAUUUUUCUGCAUUAUGAUCAGGUCAGGCAAAUGCGUAGCUUUGGCUACCUCCUAAUUUUUGUGGUACCAUCAGCACUGGCCAUCAUGAACAUAAUAUGGUUUGGGAAAAUUUUAAAAGGGCUGUGGAAAGCCUUGAGCAAGGGAAAAUAGAUGAUGUAUCAGGUGUUUUCUUUUUUCCUGUAUAAAUUCUUGUUUUUCUUAGUUAGUUCCUUUUUAUUGAAACUAAGAGAACGUGAAACUUAAAAGAACAAAUCGCCGAAGCUAAUGAUCAGAAAGAUAUGAUGUCAAAAAGUCCAGUUAUCCUUUUUUAAAAAAAUAUUUAUUUUUAUGUAUCUAUUGUAUUUUCUUUUGAUAUGGACAUAGACCUGGCUUCACGUCUCUGUUAGUAACAAUCUAGUGAACAUAUGGAUUGCUGACUCCAAAAUUUAUAUAAGAAACGACUGAUGCAAUUUAAUUCA